AUGAGAAAUAUUGAAAGCUUUAACAAACCUGCCAAAGAAACCUCUGAAAUACAAGAAGCCAAAGUAGUAGAAGAAAUUGAAAUAUUCAGGGCAAUUGCCCAAGAAUAUUUCAUCGAUGACUCUAAUGAGGAAGUAGACACCAUUCCUUGGGACCUUAGUACGAAAGAAAAACUUACCACUAGUGUAAUGGCGCAAGAAAUUAAUUUUCAAAACCUCCUAAUUGAACUAGUCAUGGAGGCAAGAAUCGAAAUAACCUGGGCAGAAGAUAAUAAAUACCAGGAUACAUACCUAAUCGAUAUACCCCGUUGGGGUGAAGCUGCUGAUGAACUGGAGUUCGAAGAAAACAUCUUUACCUCCGAAAAUUACGACUCCUAUCCUCACUUCAAUGAAAAUUGA